GGGGAUUGGAGGCGGAGGUGUCCACCUCUGUGGGUUCUUGCAACUCUGGGAGCUCAGAUCCUUCCAGCACUUGUCGAGGAGCGAGAGGAGCGAAUGCCUGGCGUUUGGCAGUAUCUCGACUUAGGCGCAGGCCAGUCCCGCAAGAGUCAGGCUACCGGUGAGCGCAGGCUGUGCCUCGGGUCCAGCGUCUUCAUGGUCCUUUCCUAGGAACUGACCUGGAGAGGCGUGGAGGGUAAGAGUACGACGCCUGCCGCUCAUCUCCCGGGCCCAUUCCGGAUUUCCAGGAGGCCCAGACCUGUGAGGAGAUCCGGCCGAGACCAGAGUGACUAUGAAAAGCGACGCCUCGACUUCUGCAGCCCCCUUGAAAGGGCUCGGGGGCCCUUUGCGGAGCAGCGAGCCUGCGCGUGCCCUUCCGGCUGUGUCGCCCGCGGUGCACCUGCUGGAGGAGGCGGCCGACCUGUUGGUGGUGCAUCUGGACUUCCAUGCCGCAUUAGAGACUUGCGAACGGGCUUGGCAGAGCCUAGCCGAGGAGCCCACAAGUGGCACUGUUGUGGAGGUGAAGUGCUCCCUGUGUGUCGUGGCGAUCCAGGCUCUGGCAGAAAUGGAUCGGUGGAGAGAAGUCCUGUCCUGGGUCCUCCAGUAUUACCAGGUUCCUGAAAGGCUUCCUCCCAAAGUCCUGGAGCUGUGCAUCCUUUUAUACAGCAAAAUGCAAGAGCCGGGAGCUGUGCUGGCUGUGGCUGAUGCCUGGCUCCAAGACCCAGACAACCAGGGCCUUCCUGAGUACAGAUCACUGGCAGAACUCCACCUGCUCCGUGUGCUGCUACCCUUGGGCCGCCUGUCAGAGGCUGAGGGGCUGGCAGUGGGUUCUGCAGCUUUCAGCGAGGCGCAGCGGGAAGCAGUGUUCCAGGCCAUCUGCACAGCAAGGCAAAAGGACACACAGGAGUGCUUGAGUUCUCAGGAGCAGCAGAAGCUGAGCCAGGAAGGUUCAUUCUCCCAUAAGCUGAUGUCACUGCUGAGGUUGCUUCGCCAGCUUUGGGACUCUGUGGUGAGUCACCUUCUCUCUCGGCCCUUCAAAAAGAGCCUCCUGGCUGCCUUGAUACUCUGUCUGUUGGUUCUGCGGUUUGACCCAGCAACCCCUUCUUCACUGCCCUUCCUCUACCAGCUGGCCCACCUCUUCCGCCGGAUCCGGAAGGCCACACUCUCUCGGCUCUACCCACUGGCCCUCCGUGACUGAGUGGUCCUACCCUGGCCGCCUUGACCUCUCACAGUCCACAUCUACAGAAGCAGCAGAGUUGAGUCCUGUGGCUGAGCCCCAGGUGGGGGGCGUGGUGGUGGGCCCACUUCAUUCUAGAAAGUGGCCAAGGCCUGUGAGCUGCCUUUGAGCCCUCCCUUUGGAAUUCCAUCGUGACUGGCUUCAAGGGUGUGUAGGAAUAGAGGUGCCUGAGGCCCAGCUAUCCAGAACAGAGGCCUGGCUGCCCGGAGCAACAGCUCCUCAAAAAAGGAGGGGUUCUGGAACCGGAAAUGUCUUGAAACAUCCCAUUUUCUUGACAAAGGCAGAGGGUGACUUUCCAGGUCAGGGAGCUCACACACAUCUUGUGAGCCUUUGCGUCUGAAAAACUUACCUCUGAGAAUUGCGCCACAGGGCAGUGUUUGAAACGAGAGGUGACUCUUCUCCCAUGCUCCUCCCACAGAUAUCAUGAUUCCCAGCCAGUGCACCAUCCCCCUCCCACUGUGGGGCAAGAGGCAUCUGCCUGAGGCUUUUUGCUAGGCAGGCAGACCGUGGCUUCUGACCCACCCAGGUGACCACUGGGAGCAAAGUGAGGCUGCCCGCCCUUAUCUCUGGGGAAUGUGAUCUUGCUUGGUGCCGCUCAGUCUUAGCUCAGCUUUCCAGUAUGCCAGGGGCCAAGCAGCGCUCUCUUGAACUCACUGUCUUCCCACUGGGCCCCACCACCCUUUGGCCUGUCCCGCUAAGUCGUCUCCUCACUGUUUCUCCUUGGUGCACACUGCGGCAGGUCCCUUCUCUGUGCCCCGUUGUCCUAGUUGUGGUCUGUUGUUUGUAAAACGCCCAAGUUUCUUUGCUCGUGUGGCCCGAAAAGUAGGCCAGUCUCAGAGCUGAGAGCCGAAAAUGGAACUGGGUAAUCAGGUGAGUUGGAAGAGCCGUGGGGGCUGGGCCAAGGGGGGGCCGAUGGGGGCCAAAGGGACAGACCGCAGCGGGGAGGCACUGGAUGUGUCUCGGUAUUUCUUUUGAUGACCACAAACGCCUCGUGUGUUUCUGUGUAAGUAAAUUGCAUUUCAUUCUGGUGUCACCAGGACGGAGGCCCUCAGCCUCUGUCACCCUAUCUCCCUCAGCGUGGAUGAUAAGAACGCGCAGGGCCGGCUAGCUUUUUGCUGGUUGAUUUUAAGGAACUGUGAGUCAACAGCUUUUCUUUAGAAGAGGAAACCUCACAGAUAUUUAGAAGUCCAUCUGCAUCCUGAAGCCUUGGGGACCAUGGCAACCUUUCCCUGUCAUUUUGUAUAUGACCUUUAAGCAGACCCCAGAUGACUGGGGAAAGAAACGGAACCAGGAAGGGCUGAGACCACUUGACAGUAAUUCCUGUCUUGUUUGCUUUUGAGAUGACAGUCUCACUCUUGUUGCCCAGCGUGGCCUAGAACUCCACUCACCAGCUUCUUGGAUUAUCUGUGACUCGUGCACCUUAUGAGAAUGGUUUUUGAAAUGGGAGUCUGAACAUCCAUCUAGAAAAAAGAACCCUUAAUGGCGUCCGUGGCCCACAAGGAUAGAGAUCUAGAUUCUUCUUAGAAACUUAGGCCCAGUGUUUGGACGUUUGGCUGACUGCUCAUUUGCUGUGCUACCCUGUCCCCUGGGCAUGCUGCUGCAUUCUGGCUGCCCGGCCCUCCUCAGGCCUCUCCACGGUGGCUUAGCUGUUAAUCCUAGAGGGUCUUACAGCAGCUCUGUCCCAGGAGACCCUUGGCUUUUCAGGCUUGCUCAAGGGUCCCUAACAUCCUUCCAUAGCUCUUUCUGCUUCCCGGCCCGUCUCAUGCCCUUCCUGCGUGGUGACUUGCCAGUGGUGGGGUAGUGCUGGAAGCUCUUUGAAGGUGCAGAGCAAGGCUCACAUCCCUGCCCUACGGUAUGGGUGACUACUGAGCAGAGUUCCGCCUUCUCACCUCUAAGUCAUCCCUCAUCUCACAGGGGCUCACACAUGACAGAACGGGCACUUAGGAAGCUUUUGGCACUUUCUCCUGCCCUGAGUGGUGGCUGAGCUGAGGCCCAGCUGAACAUGUACCAGUGCUCGGAGGGGUGAAUGAGUAGAGGGUUGAAGCGGGUACUUGCGCUAUGCUACGAAAUCCUGAACAUACAGCUUGAUUGUGCCCAGCUUGUCUUUCUGCUCUCUCCUGCUGUUCCUCACUGUCCACCUGGUAGCCUGUGGGGCUCUGGUUAUUGUCCUGAAUACUGCAGGGCUGUCUGUACCCAGCCCUAACCACCUGCCUGUCAGGUGAGGAACUUGCAACCAAAACUGCUGCUGUUACUUUGGCCUUUCCUAGCAUGUAGGCUGGUCCUCAGCUCUGGGCGUAGCAAGGUCAAAGUGAAGGGCGGGCCUUCUUGGUAAACCAGUACAGGAGCCAAAGCUGGUUUUUGAGCAUGAACUGUGGCUCGUCUAUGUAGACACAUUCUGUCACUGUAAAACAUACACACUCAAUUUCAAAGACCAAACACCAAAAUGUAAAAACAAAAGCUAAAACAAAAAUAUGGAAAUACAAAAAUUUUUAUAUUGAUUGACUGUUGAAAUGAUAAUAUUUUGGGUAUAUCGGAUUAAAUAAAAUCUAUUGAAACUA